UUUCUGAUUGGUUCACGAUGCUGUCAGUCAGUCCGGUAGGAACAGAAGGGGCGGGACUCUUAGCUGAGCUGUGGGUAUGUUGCGGCGUCCAGAAAAUAGAUAAACAGAAUAUGCUAAUCUAUGAUUGACGCGACUAACUUACAAACUCAUCCAACUGGAUACUGACAGGCCAAACUGGAAAACAGAAGAUGUCGGAGAGGAGCCGCGCGCUUGCCUUGAGAUUUACAUGCGUUUGCCCAGCAACCCAUCACGAACCGCAAGCUAGUUAGCAACAUGAUGAUGGCCAGCUGAACAUUGUUGUGCCUUCAGCUCUUGUUAUUGUUGCUCUCAAGGUUUAACGAUUUAACCUUCAUGGUUUCCUGCUUUGAAUUGUUGACUUUCAUUCAUCCUUUCCACACGCACUCCUAGAAUUGUAGUUAUCUGACCGGAGUUGCUCUGUUUUAGGUUCUCGUGCGCCAUCAAGCUAAGCUAACAGCACAGGAAUGGUGAGCAUGGGCCAAACCCCUUUCACAUAUUAGCUCGCAGCUAACCAGUCGCUGGAUCUACAAGUUUGGACCAGAACGUGGAGAGUUUUAUAGAAAGAAACGCGGUGCAGAUCGAACAAGCAGAAUGUUGGUUUGCAGAAACCCACAGAUCACUUCCUUAGGCUUUGAUCGAGACCUACAUUGACCCUAAACAACAGCGACAGAAGUCUCAGCCUUUCUAUAUAGGCUGCAAAAUGAGCACAUAGUGAACUGUAACAUUGAUCUGCUUUGUGGCUUUCAACGAUGUAGCUUUGCAACCUGCGUGCUUUUUUGCGGCAUACGUACAAGGACAAUAAAGAUGAACAAUCAAGGAAUCAUGUCACAAGAGAAGAUGGAGUUAGAUCUGGAUAUCCCGUCGUCCCUUGUUCAGAGCGAUGGGCACUUGAGACGAUCUAACAGCGAACCCAUGAUAAACGGCCUGAGUGAUGCUUCUCAGGUGUUCCAGAGAGAGGUUCUCCGCAGCAGAAGAAACAGUACUACUGUUGUUCGACCCAAUGUGGUUCCAUCUUCACCAGUACGUGUUCCUAGCACAAGACUACAGAGGAUCAAACAGGAAGAGGGUGUUGAUGUGAUGAACCGUGAAACUGCUCAUGAACGAGAAGUACAGGCAGCCAUGCAGAUGAGCCAGUCUUGGGAGGAAAGUCUUAGUCUGAGUGAUAAUGAUCUUGAGAAGUCUUCAUCGUCAUCUCCGAAGCGGAUUGAUUUUGUGCCUGUGUCUCCUGCUCCUUCGCCCACCAGAGGGAUCGGAAAGAAGCAGUGUUUCUCUCCGUCUCUUCAAAUCCUGGUGACCAGUAACGGAUUGACGCCCAGCCCUGUUCCCAGCCCAACACGCCGCUUCAGCAGGAGGAGUCAGAGCCCGAUCAACUGCAUCAGGCCUGGUAUUCUGGGCCCUCUCAAACGCAAAAGUGAAAUGGAGACAGAAAGCCAGCCCAAGAGACUCUUUCAGGGAACCACCAACAUGCUGUCCACAGAGGUGUCCCACUCGCCUGAACUUAAUACAUGCAGUCUGUCUCCAGAUCUUCUGGAUGGGAGUCUCAGUAGCGUUGGCUCCUCCUCAGACUCUCCCGCCAAGAUGGAAGGAGUGUCGCCCUCCUCCAGUAACUCGCCCCUCACGCCACUUCAGGACCUCUCCCCUAAGUGAUCCGCUGAGCAUCAUAGACAUCACAGGAGGACUGGGCUGCUUCUCGGGGCCCCUUUCCACUCAUUUUACUUUUGUUCCCAAUGCCUUCCCAAAAUGGCUUUCGUUGUUUUUCUGAAUUGUCCUAUUACGUUACAUUUAAAGCGAGGCGCAAGAGUUUUCCGUGUGGGACAGACCCUAAGGGCAUGGAGAGACUGUGGAUGUUUUUUGCAUCAGCUGCUAUAAAUAGAUGUAAAACAUGGUGUAUAGAUCUGUAUCAAAGCGAAGGACAUCACAGAGGAGGAUCGUGGAUUUAGUUUUUUGUUUUGGUUCCCUAAUGGGGCAAUUAUCUCUUUGAUAACGCAUCGAAAAGAAAACCGCUAUAAACAGGAGAACAACAACUACAGGCACGUUCUUUGAUUUACAAUCUCAGCUUGCCAACCGGUAUGGUGUGAGAGAAUUUAACUUAUUUUUUUGCUUUUAUUUGUAUGUAAGUAUGUACAUAAAAUUUGUGGCAAAACAUGCAGAGGCAGCCUCUUCUGGAGUUUUAUUAGCGGUGCAACUGCACUUUAAAGGGGCAGGAUUUCAUUUUGGGUUUUGGUCUGAAUCGGCGUAUAUAGUUUUUCAGGAAUGGCCUUUUCUUGAUUUUCAAGUAGGUGGAGGAAACGUUUCCUUUUUUUUUUUUUUUUUUUUUUUUUUCUUCUCUCCAAGAGCUUGGCACUUCAUUCUCUGUUAGAAUGAUAUUCAUGGUUGCUAUACACAACUACUGCAGAUGGGAUUUAAUAUUGCAGCUGUUGGUAACCACUAAACCCUCGAUUUGAACACUACAGAGAAACUAAACUGCCUGUUGAUGUUAGUCAACCUAAAGACAUGCGUACAGCCGUGUUGUUAAGAGAAUGGAGCAAAACAUCCGGGGCUGGGAUGAAUGAUGUCCAUUGUAUGUUUUUACUUUUCACACAGUGGCUUUGCCCCGUUUGUUAUUCGGGGAGGAUUUGGAGGAGAAUGCGCUCUACAGGUGCAGUUAAAAGCAUUUUCAGUGUUUUUCAGAGGCUGUUAACAGUCAUACGUUUGACAGUUUAAAAUGUGGAGCAGAAGUGCAAAGAAACAAAACCCUCUCAUCAAAAAUGUUACUUGUGGAGUUUUAAAUGUAAUCUACUGAUCCCGAAACGGUGUGCCAUUUAAAUUUGUAUAUAAGAGAAAUGUACAACUGUAAUUGUAGGAGUUCUUUGUUUUGGGGGUGUAGUUACUUUAGGAAAUAUUUUCUUUUGUAAAUGGUUUUCUAAAUUUCAUUACAAGAAAUUGCUUUAUUUCCUCGAGCAUGAUAUGAUGUAUCAUAAAUUCAUUUUUCUGUGCAAGAAAGUGAUUGUAAAAUCUUUUUUUUUUUUUCUUUAAGUGAAUUGAAAGAGUGAGGUUUUUUUCUUCACGUAAGAAAAGUGAAACCGCAGUGUAAAUCUUUUUCUGAAUGUCUUUGCAAACAAAAAUACAGUAAGUGGGUCGUGUAGAUCCAGAUUCUGUCCUGUAGUGAUGGGUGACGUGUAUUUGUAGUUUGCUUUGCUGGUUUGUUUUUUGUCCUGUGGACGUGUCGAAUUCUUUAUUUAAUGAUUUUACUCUGUCCUAUCCGCCUCAUGCAGUACUUUUAAAGCCUGUGCACAUGAACUCUGUUGAGGAGGACCUGAGUGCUGUCAUGAGGACGUGUAGUUGUGCUCUCUGAACAAAUCUUGUUCCCAUCAUACCAGAGACUUCCAGAUGUCAGAAAUAAAUUAUUUGCCCAGCUAUUUUGUUGCCUUUUCUUGUGACAUCAAACUUAUUUGUUUUUGACCGUCUGGUUAUUGUCUUCAAAAACACAAUGGUCAUAACGGGUGUUAAAAUGUACUCUACGGUCUCUUUUUGUGUCAUUGCACUUCAUUUACAGUCAUAAUGAAUCUUUCUGCUUUACAGUGGGUGCUUUGUAUCAGUUAACUAUUUUUAAUGUUUCUGAAAGUCUGUUUAUGUUCACCAAAGCUGCUUUUUUUUUUUUUUUUUUUUAAACCAGAAACAGCAAAAAUGGUAAUAACUAUUAUAAUUGAAUUAAACAUCACUGUUUAGUAUUUUAAUAGAUUUUGAAAGUAAUUUAUUCCUGUGACGCAAAGCUGAAUUUUCAGCAUCAUUACUCCUGUCUUCAGUGUCACAUGAUUCUUCAGAAAUCGUUCUAAAAUACAGAUUUGCAGCUCUUUGAUGAACAGAAAUGCAAAAGAAUAACAUUUGAAAUGGAAAUCUUUUAAACAUUAUAAAUGUCUUUUCUGUCACACUUAAUCAAGAUAAUGCACCCUUGCUGAAUAUAAUAAUAGAAUGUAACUAACUCAAAACCAUGCAUUAUAUUACCGUGGGUAAUAUAGAAACUAGUUACGAAGGGGUUUCUUAUACAGUUUCUGAUAGAGAGUGUGGAGAGAGCCAUUAAUAUUCAAACUUGUUCUUCAAUCUGUUGUAACUUAAAAAAAAAAAGCAUUUAAACAAGCCAAGUAAAAACACUGAAUAAAUGCCAGCUUACUGAGCAUCUAAUCCUGUUCUAAACAAACAUUAAUCACACUCCUGUUACAUAUUGCUUCCUAAACCGACUGAACUAUGAUUCAGAAAUUAAUGUUACUACCAAUACUUAUGAACAUAGAAGUGUGUCUAGGAAAUGCUUUUAACAAUCAAUUUCUUUAUUUGAUGUGGCAUCUAUAGAGAUUACUGUGCACAAGAUUUAAACAGUGGACAAACAGAACAUAAAAGCCAUUUUCAGUCUUGAGAAAAGCAACAAAAGCCACAGACACCGAAUAUGACGUAUAACAACACAUUUAAUUUAAUGUAUUCAUGUUUGUCUACACCCCCUCCCACUUAACAUAAUAGUCAGCCGGAUUCAAUGCCAGCUCAGUCACUGUUCGGCCUGUAAACACAGAGCGGUCCCCUCCCCUCGCCCAUGGAUCUUUGUGUCUUCAUUGUGUCUGUGAGCUUGUGAUGAUCAUUUAAGAAGUUAGUUCCUGUUUAUAGGGAGUUUCUCAGACGUGCUUCCCCCCCAUCCUCACAACCCUCCUGGCUGUGUUAAUGUCCAUAUCUCCCCUCUUCAUCGUUUUAGUUCCUUUCAACAAGAUCGUUUCCAAGAGCACUUCAAGUGCGCAGAAUAACCAUUGUAAGAAGACCU